CCCUACCAGACUGGGCUCCUCCAUCCGCAUCCUUUGUAGAGGCUUGUAGAAGAUCAGGUCCUGCCAAUCACCCUAGGAUGUCCUUCAAUGAGCAGCAGUGCAAACAGCCAUGUGUGCCUCCUCCGUGUCUUCAAAAGCCCCAAGAGCAGUGCCAGGCAAAGGCUGAGGAGGUGUGCCUCCCCCCGUGCCAGGACCCCUGCCAAGAGAAGUGCCCAACGAAAGUUCAAGAGGUGUGUGUUUCUCAAUGUCAGGCAUUAAGCCAAGACGACUGCCCACAACAAAGCCAAGACCCAUGUCUCCCUCUGUGUCAAGACCAAUGUCCAUCUCAGUGCACAGAGCCCUGCCAGGAGUUAUCUCAGACGAAAUGUGUGGAGGUUUGCCCACAGAAAAUCCAGGAGAAGUGCCUACCGCCUGGCAAGGGGAAGUAGUUGCUCAUAAUGCUGUGUGGGGGUCCAGAAGAUGAUCCCAACCCCAGCCCACACCAUGGUGACCUUUCCUUAUGGCUACCUCUGUGUGCACCCUGCUCUCGCCUCCCGGCUUCCUCAGGACUUGGUCUGUGUCUCUGAAGACAGUUCUCUCUGUAUUUCCUCAACCUCUGUGAAUACAUAUGGUUGUCAACAAUCUAUUAGAAGGUCUUAGCUGUCGGAAUGAUGUGGUUAUCAAGGAAGACCACAGAAGCCCAGUUCAGCUCCCUUGGGGCAAAAAUUCACCCUUCCCUGGGUGUGUAACAGCCAAGGACGCUUCCAUUCAUCGUUCAGAAUGUCAGCCUCUCACCUGAGUCUCAGAACAAACUGAAUUUUGAUGGACUUUGCACCGAUCACCACCACCACCACCAGAAGUAAGAAGAAGCUGGUGGUGUUGCAAAACUAAAACACAGGGUAAUUUUGUAUCCGUAUCCCAAAACAAUGACAGAAAGUGAUUAGAUGUUGGAAUGUUGGCUGUGUUUUAAAAAAUGAAACUAAAUGAAAUGUAAAUGGUUGAUUCCAAAUAGCCAAUAAGGAAAGAUGUGAUUAGAUGUUUGGAGUCCUGGUGAUUGAUCUUUGUGCUUCACUGUUGACCUGCUCUAGGCCCUUAAUUUCUGCCAUGUACCCUCUUUAGAGAUGGAUUUGUGACUGUGUGGUACAGGCUGCUGUCCUCCAGCUUCUUUGCCUUCUUCUCCCUGGUGAAGGUAAAAUACAGAAUAAAGCUGAUCCUAAAACAUG